AUGUUGAACAUCUCGCCGACUCUCCUGCUGGCUCUGACCGCGGUGGCCGCACUUCUCUCGCCAUGCCGAGGCUGGAGCGACGAGGACCUCCUCCUGCCGCCCAUCAACUCCUCCAACAGGUUCCUGGCCAACCUGGAGGUGGACGUGCGCUUCUCCAAGAGGUCCGUGGAGGAGAGCGACGCCCCGCCCGAAGCCUCCCCGCUGCAGAGCCUCGCUCCAUCGCAGUCCCAGUGCAACGUGACGGUCCACAGGCUGCUGCCCACCUCGCUGGUGGCCCGCUGGGACAGCGGCUUCGGCUUCCAGUGUGACGUGCUGGUCUACACCACCAACAACCACGGCAGGGCGUUCUUCUCCGCCUCCUUCAACCGGGCCAUCUCCCCCGUGGUGAUCGAGCACCUCGGGGUGACCGGGGGUCAGCAGGAGAUGAGGCUGUGCGUGGGUUGCGGGAUGUCCCGGUACCGCCGCUUCGGCCAGGGCAGGUCGAGGGGACAGCAGAGCGGGGAUCAGGUGGCCUUCUGCUGCGUUGAUUUCAGCCUGGACGAGCUGAAGGGGGACAAAAGUUGGAGGCUGAACAGGAAGCCCAUCGAGUCGACGCUCGUGGCUUGCUUUAUGACUCUGGUGAUCAUCGUGUGGAGUGUUGCUGCUCUCAUAUGGCCGGUGCCGAUCAUUGCAGGAUUCCUGCCUAACGGGAUGGAGCAGAGGAGACCCAGAUAACUGAGAAACCCACGACACCAAAAGGGCUACUCCGCUGCGUUUAACGACUACCUUUGACCCAAACCCCUCUGCAGUUAGAAAGCUAAACACUAACAAUGGUCAAACUUGACCUAGAUUAUUUGAAAUUCAUGAAAUCUCAUGAAAGAGCAAUUUUAAGGCUCAUUUGAGCCAAGAACGCCUCAGAAGGGGUGCAGUUUUAUAAUAUGCUUACCUAGACAGGCCAAACUUGGACAGAACAAUCCUAGUCUUAUGACAUGUUCUAUAAAAUUUGGGUUGUUAGUUGUGAAAUCUGUAUUCAAUAUGUGAAAACUAAAACAUCGAUUUUAGUCUUUAGAGUUUGUCUUGGGUGGAUCCACAUUACAUGGAGUGCGUCCUAAAAAGUACAUCAUCUAAAACAACUGAAACAGACACAAACAUAAAAGUAGAACUAUAUAAAGGCCCAGUGAAUAAACUAACAUGCUAAUAAUUAUUAUUAACAUAGUAUGUCUUUGUUUGAAAUAUUCGUUUUUUACUACAUUUCUAUAAUUUAGUUGACCUUCAUACAUUUUCUAUAUUUCCAACAUAUUAUUUAUCUGAGCAUUUGAUUUUCUUUGCACAUUUUUCUGAUUUUCUUUUAGAUGCAUUUGUGUCUUUUAUUUUCCCUUAAAUUUUCUUAGCUUGCCCCCUCGUGCUUUUUAUUUCCAUUUGUUCUUUUUAGAUUUCCUUUCUCCUUUUUUAAAAAACUUUUCUUCAUCUUUUUCUGCCUCAUUAUGCAAAAAAGGUGGGCUGUCCUUCAUUGGGUCAGCUCCUCUACUAUUGGUCAAUCAUAAGGAAGGCCCACUUCCUCCAUUUAGCAUCUAAACUAUGUGGCAUAGUAUGGCGUGCAUAUUUAAAUAGUAUACACUCUCACUCAAUACAUGUCUGAUCUGCGCUCAACUCUGACAAACUCUGAUCUGGAAGCUCCAUGUUCGUGCUCGGCUCUGUCGCUGGUUGUUUUCGGGUCUGAAAAUGAGCACAGAGCAGGCAGAGUAGGGUUAGUUGUAGUAGAGGUGAGCACAUGCCAAGCAUGCAUGGAGAGAGCUUGUGUGUGAUUUACACCAGUCUUACUGCUCGCUUAGGUUAGUGACACAAAUGUAAUGCCAUACACAUAAAGAGACAAAUGUGUCUGAAUUCAAAAGGAAAACAUGAAGAAGAAAAAAAACAGCAAAACUGAAAUCAUUUGCUUAAAUAAAUAGUAUGUUGUAAAUAAACAGGAAAAAAAAUUCAAGGUCAGUUAAAUUAUAAAAUGUGGUAAAGAUGAUAAAUUGGAUUUUUUUAAACAAAGAAAAUAAAUAAAAAAAAGUUCUCAUUCUUAAAGUCAAUUGAUAAAUGUUAAAUGUCUUGGUUUAUUCAUUGUGCCGUUCGUGUAUUUCUGCUUUUAUUUUUAAUUCUGUCAGUCUCAGUUCUUCUGUUUCAGUCCUCCAUUCCCAGACAGCUCAUACUUUUGAAGUAAUUAUUUUACACAAAAUAUUGAUUGCAUAAAACAUAUUUUCUUAUUGGUUAAACUGUUAUUCAAUUUGUAACAAAUUAUAUUUAAAAAGUUGUUUUUAAGGCUUGUUUUCUAGAUAUCUAGAUCUCAGUUUGAAAAUCAUGACACACCAACAGCUCACACCAGGAUGUAACCAUUGUACCCUAAAGAUAAAUUAUAUUAGACAUAGUUAGUAAUUUACUUAAAAAAACUUUACUAUUUAUGAAAACAAACAAAAAAAAACUUCCCAUAAAAAAAUGUCAACACUUUUCUUUUGGACCAGGGACCACCAUACCUAGGCUCCAGCUUCAAAGUCACAGCACCUAGGCAAUUAAAACUUUUCCAGAAUAACCCUAAACUGCUGAUGGGUUUUAUAUACAUAUAUA